AUGUCUCCCAAAGAGAGCCAUACUUACCCAGAUUUGCAGGAAGUACCAUCACCAACAUUGUCACACGAUGAAGCAAUAGCUGAAAAGUCUAAGACCAGUAUCUCGGAAAUAUCAGUCAUCUCCGAGCACGAGAAUCUGACUAAAUCCCAUAAUCCCUUUCUCGACCGUGAAACAGCCGAAUACUACAAAGAAUUGUACGAAAAAACAAAGUAUGAGUGCCGUUCUCACUUUGAUCCUCAUUUUGAAUGGGCAGAAAAGGAAGAAAAGAAAGUUGUAUUCAAAUUGAACAUUAGAGUUGCUCUUGCCGCAUGUCUCAUGUUUGUUGCUUUACAAAUUGACAGAGUUAACUUACAUCAAGCUGUUACUGACAAUAUGUUGGGUGAUUUGGGACUAACCACUGAUGAUUAUAAUAUGGGAAACACGAUUUUCUAUUUGUCAUUUAUGCUUGCUGAAAUUCCAUCUCAGAUGAUUUCCAAACGUCUUGGACCAGAUGUAUUUAUUCCUAUUCAGAUUUGUGCAUGGAGCAUUGUGGCAAUGUGCCAAGUUGCCCUAAAUGGCAGAGUCUCAUUUUUCAUUACUCGUUGCUUAAUUGGUGCCAUUGAAGGUGGAUUCAUUCCCGAUCUUGUGUUGUGGUUGAGUUACUUCUUCACCAGCAAAGAGUUGCCAAUUCGGUUAUCUUGGUUUUGGUCAACAUUAACACUCACCCAGAUUUGUAUUUCGCUUCUCGCCUUUGGUAUAUUGCGAUUAAGAGGCGUGUUUAGGUGGCCCGGCUGGGCUCACCUUUUCCUUUGGGAAGUGUUAUUCACUUUAUCCAUCGGUGUUUUAUCAUUCUACAUGAUGGUGCCAUCGGCAGUGCAGACAAAGAAUUGGAUGCAUCCAAAGGGUUGGUUUACUGAACGCGAGGAGAAGAUUGUGGUUAAUCGGAUCUUGCGUGAUGAUCCUGCCAAAGGAACCAUGCAUAACAGACAAGCACUUUCAUUGAAGAUGUUGUGGGAAUGUUUGAUUGAUUAUGAUAUGUGGCCGUUAUACGCAAUUGGAUUGGUGGCCUAUAUUGGACAACUCACUUUUGGAUCGUAUUUCACGUUGAUGACAAGGUCUCUCGGGUUCAGUACUUUUGACACAAAUCUUUUAACAAUCCCGGUUUCCGUGUUAUACAUAUCAACACUCCUUGCAAUAACGUGGUUGUCUGAAAAACUCAACGAUAGAGCUUAUGUAUCAUUGAUUGCCCCAAUUUAUGGAGCGAUAUUGCUUGGAGUGAUUAGGUUUUGGCCUGGUGCUGGUAUCCAAGUGUGGCCCACUUACAUCUUGAAUACAAUAUACUUAGGUCACCCAUACAUCCAUGCUAUUCUUGUGUCAUGGGUAUCGAGAAAUUCAAACUCGGUAAGGACUAGAUCCAUCUGUUCAGCCAUGUACAACAUGUUUGUCCAAAUGGAUUCAAUUAUUGCACAAAAUAUAUUCCGUGAAGAUGAUAGGCCAUUGUACAAAAGAGGUUUGUUACAAUUGUGGUGUAUAACCUUGUCAGUAAUUCCAUUGUUGGUAUUGACCAAGUAUUACUAUAUCUGGAGAAACAAGUCAAAAGCAAAGCAAUGGGAUGCAAUGACGGAAGAACAAAAGGCUGAUUAUAGAAAAAAUACCACCGAUGAUGGAAACAAACGUUUGGAUUUUAGAUUUGCUCAUUGA